CAGAAUACACAGAGAGCUCGUUGCUCCGUUAUUCCCGUACGGAAAGUUCCCUAGUGUCCCAGUGUGUAGCCGUAAUCCAUGCCCAGAACCUUGUUAUUUGGAUGAUUCAUUAAAUCUGAUGGGCUGUAUCCGAGUCUGAUCGGCUUUUACCCUUUGCAAAUAUUCAGGCGUUAUGAAGGAGCCAUUAAUCCCAUAAGACCCCGCGGAACGGGGUCCUGAGCGUUUUAGGCAGCGUGAGGCAAGAGAGAGAGAGCGCCGGGCCUCGGCACACCCGGAGCGGCGAGAGAGAGAGAGAGAGAGAGAGAGCGAGCGCCGGGCCUCGGCACACCCGGAGCGGCGAGAGAGAGAGAGCGCCGGGCCUCGGCACACCCGGAGCGGCGAGAAAGAGAGACAGCCGGGCCUCGGCACAAUGCCGCGAUCCCGGCGCGACAAACGGGUUUCUUUGACUAAAACAACAAAGAAAGGAUUGCAAGUCAAACAGAACCUGAUCGAGGAGUUAAGGAAAUGUGUGGACACGUACAAGAAUCUCUUUGUCUUUUCUAUUGAGAAUAUGAGAAAUAACAAACUAAAGGACAUACGGAGUGCCUGGAAACAUAGUCGGUUUUUCUUUGGUAAAAACAAAGUGAUGAUGGUGGCACUGGGAAGAGAACCAGCAGACGAAUACAAAGACGGUUUGCAUAAGGUCAGUAAACAGUUGCAAGGUGAAGUUGGUCUCCUGUUCACUAAUCGCACAAAGGUGGAAGUGAUUGAGUGGUUUGAUCAAUACACGGAGUCUGAUUUUGCUCGUGCUGGGAAUACAGCUACGAUGGCUGUUACACUUGAUGCUGGGCCGCUGCCACAGUUCAUACACUCUCUCGAGCCACAACUGCGACAGCUUGGGUUACCAACCACAUUGAAGAAAGGUGUUGUAACGUUAUUGUCUGAUUAUGAAGUGUGUAAAGAAGGUGCUUCACUGACCCCUGAACAAACACGUCUUCUGAAACUGCUUGGUGUUGAGAUGGCUGCCUUCAAAUUGACUAUAAACUGUGUGUGGAACUCUGAGACUGGUGAAUUUGAGCUACUGACAGCAACUGGUGCAAGAAGCAACAGAGGUGGAGGAGAUGGAAGAUGAGCAGGACUGAUUGGAAGUUCAAGAGCUGCAGUCUGUGUGUGCCAUCAGUGUUAACCUUCAGUGGCUAAUGAGCAAUGUCAUGAACAUUUGGAAUAUCAGUUGUUGCAGUAAUGGACACUAACUUUAGUGUGGAUUUUUAAUAAAAGUUUGGAACUUCAACAGA